ACUCUAUUUAUGCAUCUGCUCUUCAUUUAACUUUCUCUAACAAUUGUCCUCUAAUAUUUUGCGAUUUCCUCUCUCUUGAGUAGCCAUGGAGUUCAAGGUGGGAUUUGUAAUUGCAUUGAUCUGCAUUGUUGUGGCUGGUGUUGGAGGCCAGUCUCCUUCGGCUGCACCGGCUCAUGCUCCGGCAGCGGCUAAGGUUUCUACCCCGCCUGCUGCAGCUCCUACAAAGCAUAAAUCUGCAGCCCCAGUGGCGGCUCCUACUUCAACUCCUCCGGCUUCAGCUCCUGUAAGUUCUCCACCGACAGUUUCUACUCCAGCUCCUGUAAGUUCUCCGCCGAAAGCUUCCACCCCUGCUCCUGUAAGUUCUCCACCGAAAGCUUCCACCCCUGCUCCUGUAAGUUCCCCACCGACUGCUUCCUCACCGGCUCCAGUGAGCUCGCCUCCUGCUCCGGAGCCAGUCAGCUCUCCACCAACGGCUGUUCCAGUUCAGUCUCCACCAUCUCCCGCUCCCGAGGCGGCAACACCACCAGCUCCGGUUUCUGCGCCACCGAGUGAGACCCCGGCUAAGGCUCCGGCUCCGGCUCACAGAAAGAAAAAAGGCAAGAAGCACACUUCACCUUCACCUGCUCCGGCUCCGGAGCUGAAUAGCCCACCCGCACCUCCAACUGAAGCCCCCGGACCUAGUGCCGAUUCCAUGUCCCCAGGUCCUACAUCACUUAGCGAUGAGAGUGGAGCAGAGAAAUUGAUGGUGUUGCAGGGAAGUUUGGUGUUGGGAGGGGCCGUGUUUGGCUGGCUCCUCUUCUAGAAGACACGAUUAUUUUGCAAACCCAUCUUCAUUAAUCGGAUAAUUAAACAUAUUUAUAUGUUUUUGAUUCGGAUCCGAAUUGGGGAUUUUGCCACAUUGGCUCUCUUUGUCAAUUAUUUUAUUGUAUUCUUUGGUAUACAGCUUUACUUUUUGUAUGGACUGUUUUCGACUAUUUAUUCUAUCUAUUGUAUCAUUAUUUGAUUAUUCUUUCUUGGUGUCUUGCUAAUCCAAUGUAUUACGCCUCUGUUUCA